AUGCAGGCUGCCGAACGGCAGGUUAAAGUUUAUCAAGCCAAGCUCGGUGAAAUGUCGGCAGCCCUGGAGUCGGCGCAGCUAGCUGCAAAAGAGGCUCUGAAGUCGAAGGAGGCGAUCCAGGUGGCCUUUGAGGAGUCGGAGCGGGUCAGGGCUUCGAAGAUCGAGGCUGCCGUCUAUGAGGCAAUACGGGGGUACCGUUAG